UUUCAGAAAAGCAUUUGCUAAUAGAUUCAAUGUAAUAAUGUACAUUGUACUGUAUACAGUAUAUGAUGCUGUGUUGAAUUUGGUGUCUCAUCUAUGGCUAAACCUAGAGUUAACUGGCAGAUUUUACCAUAAUAAUCUGACCAGAAUUUGAUGAUUGACACAUGAUGUAUAAAAUAUACAAAUUUAUAUUUUUAUGUAUUAUACAUAAUCUUUUCUUUCCUUUCAAAGCGAAAAUACUCAUAAGAAUAACAAAUAAAUAUGUUUGACACACCCUGCUCUUUUUUCUGUUUUUUUCUCAGAUUAAAUUACAGCAUCGACCAGUAUCCUACUGCUGCAGAAUUAAGAGCUGACAUCAUCUUUUCAGACUUCUUGGACUGACAUUAGACAUUGGAGCUUCUUUAAUUGCUGGGCUGUGUGUGACACAUAUGGAUUGAAUACUAUAUAUACAUGCAGUAUGUCUGUUAAUGAAGAGACUUACCAGCCUGACAAUCAUUGUAAAUAGCGUUGAUGGUUAGCCUUUGUGUUAGUUUACGAUAUCUGCAGCAUUUAAAGUGCUGUGCAGGUCUGGAGAUAUGCAGUAUUUAUAGUUGGGUAUGACAGCGCAGUACAAGCUAGAUUAGUUAGAUUAGUCCAUAUUGAUGAUGUUGACCAGGGAGUUAUUAAAAACCUUUUGACUUGGUUCAAAAAAGAAAGUUUUCACCAGUUUUAAGAAAUGUAUCAACAGGGUUCAGGCCUAUAGGAGUACCACGUGGUACUACUGUAGUCAACUGUAUCCUGUAAUUACUCUGUGUGGAACACAUGUUCCCUGAGGUUUCAUUGGAUUGUAAGUAUUUAGGGAACGUUUCGGUUCUGGUGGGCUGGUUGUGGAUUGUGACAGAAUUAAUUUCGGGCAGGUCUCUACCAAAGACAAAAGCACAGGGAUCAGGAAUCAGUAUGUUUUAAUUAUUAGAGCUGUUUACAAGCAGUAAAUCAGUCUGACAUUGAUUUUGUUUUUGUUGUGUACUUAAUCUAUCACAUUUCAAAAGUCAUCCCAACUUUAAAAUGAGCUGUUGUUCUAGGGGUGUGUCAGAGUUCGUCUGAUCGAAGCACAGGGAGAUAUACAUGAAAAUAUGAUGUGAUGAAAACUAAACCUUUUUUUGCCUUUUAUAGGUUAGUUCCACAGAUACUACCACCAGCAUACAUAUGUAAGUAUGGCACAUGUAGAAUGCUACAGUAUUGUGACUGCAACUUCGCACAUAUGUCACCGAGACAAUAAAAGUGAUGUGGAUAAAUGAAUCUGUCCACCCACUCUCCUCCAUCCUUUAAUUAAAAAAAACUUUCAUAUAGAAAUACAGUUUCUCAACUUAAGAAAGCACCAGCUUUAAAAUAUGUUUACUUGUACAUAAUAUAACAUUUAUGACAUGUUACUACUAUUUUAAAACAAAUUAUCAACUUUCAACUGCAAAGAAAAGCAUGUUUCCUAUUGUGAAACAGUUGUCUUACACUAGGGCGCACAACAUUAAAAAAUUCUUUACUCCUAGUAUUAGAGAUGCUUAUUUUACCGAGAAGCCUGUGUGACCGUGGUAGAGUCUGGAGGUGAAGUAAAGUUUAAGUUAAAAGUCAAUAUGCUCAAAACCUUUUCAGCAUCCAAGAAUAAUUUUCUCACCACAGCCUGGUUCCUAUUAUGCUGACUGACUGUCUGCACUGGAUCCAUCAUAGCCAGAGAUGGAGAUUAAGAAGCUGUGUGCUCAUUCUGACCUCACCAUCAUAAUCAUCUCCGCUACUAUCAUCACGCAUUUUCACUCUUUCUCGUUUAUUUUAAGGAUUACUUAAAAAUAAUAUAAUAACGUUACAUUGUUAAUAAUUUUUGUAGGCAUAUUUUCCUUUAAACUAAAAGUUUAUUUUUAUUCAAAUCAUUCUGGAUUCAUUUGUCCCGCCCCCAAAACGCAACGCUUCUCAUUAUCACUCUUAAUAAUACUCCUGACCAAUUUUCAUUUUCUAACCCAUUUUUUUGGUAAAAAAAACAAACAAAACAACAACAACAAUCUUCAACAAUCUUAGUUGUAACGUGUAAAUGUCCUGAUUUUAAAACAUUCAAUUAGAAACAAAUAUUUACAAAACAUUUUUGAAGCAUAUUUGAUUCGGAUGAUUCAGAAGGGCCUGUACGUACGUCGAUUUGCAUGAGUUUUAUUUUAAGGGAAAAAAGUAAGGCGUUUUAAAUAUGUUUUUAAUCAAAUUAUUUAAGCAUUUCCAAAUGAGGGUGUGCUACUUUAAAGCUUAAACAUGUAUGCUGAAAAACAGAUGGAAACUUGACAAGAUAAAGUGAAUAAGAAUAAUUUAAUAUGUUUAAACGACUAAUUUUGAUUUAGUUCUGCAAUUUUCCGUUGAGCGAAAGGUUGUGGGAUUUCGAUUCGGUUAAGGGCCAGAGGUUACCUACUGAACGUCACUAUAAAGACUGGCCAAUGGAGGUACAGACGACACAACACGUUGACCAAUGGGAGCAGAAGUCCUUAGAGUAGGCGGAGCUUGUAGCAUAAGCUUUGGAGAGUCUGGAUGUGCUGUUGUCCAUUUAAAAAAAUUCACAUAGGAUGGUAAUGAAAUGCAAGUGUGGGAAGAUUUUAGAUGUUUUUUUUAGAAUAUCAAACGCGUCGUAUUAAUGCACAAUUACUCUCUUUUUUGUGAGGUAAGAGCCAGAUCAAAUUGUUUUUUUCCCCAGAGAUCAUCAAACAAGUGUCUUUAUUAAUUUGAAUUUUCGUCGGCUGCUCCAUAAGCUGUGUCAUACAUACAAAUGUCUGUGUGAUGCUUUUCUGUCUUCCCCCAACCCCCGCUCAUCCAAGACAUGGUGGAUUUAGGCUGAGUGUCGAACCCUCCUACUGUAACGCAGAUUUAAUCCUCGAGGAAUCCAGGAAUUAGACGCACCCCCUGCUUGUCUGACACUUGGAAAUAUGGGAAUGUGUUGACGCAGCGGCAGUGGCUGCGGGCCGGACAGCGCAGACUGCAGGGACGAGUCCGGGUCCGUGUGAGGAGACGCCGGGUCUCCGUUAUUUGAAGCGCCAUGAGACACCUCCUGGACAACGACUUGAAAAAAGACCACUGAAAGGCUCGGAGAAAGACACACAAAGAGAGGACAUAAAGGUUUUAUGAAGUGAGAAAGAGAAGAAAGAAUGAAGGAGAAAUCCAAAAACGCCGCCCGAACGCGACGGGAGAAGGAGAACAGUGAAUUUUAUGAACUGGCCAAACUGUUGCCCCUGCCCUCGGCCAUCACCUCCCAGCUGGACAAAGCCUCCAUCAUCAGACUGACCACCAGCUACCUGAAGAUGAGAAUUGUCUUCCCUGAAGGUCUUGGGGAGUCCUGGGGUCAUGUGAGUCGCAGCACGUCUCUGGAUGGAGUCAGCCAGGAAUUAGGCUCUCAUCUCCUACAGACAUUAGAUGGCUUCAUCUUUGUGGUGGCUCCAGAUGGGAAAAUAAUGUACAUAUCAGAAACAGCGUCAGUCCACCUGGGCCUGUCGCAGGUAGAGUUGACAGGAAACAGCAUUUUUGAGUACAUCCACCCGGCAGACCACGACGAAAUGACGGCCGUCCUCACAGCACACCAGCCUUAUCAUUCUCACUUUGUCCAAGAAUAUGAGAUAGAGCGUUCCUUCUUUCUAAGAAUGAAAUGUGUCCUCGCUAAAAGGAACGCUGGCCUGACUUGUGGAGGAUACAAGGUGAUCCACUGUAGUGGCUACCUGAAGAUCCGACAGUACAGCCUGGACAUGUCUCCAUUUGACGGCUGCUACCAGAACGUUGGGCUGGUCGCUGUGGGCCACUCUCUGCCGCCCAGUGCGAUUACUGAGAUCAAACUUCACAGUAACAUGUUCAUGUUUAGAGCCAGUCUGGACCUGAAGCUCAUCUUCCUGGACUCACGGUACACUCUCUUCCUACAGAUACAUUUAUUUAGUGUGUAUUUUGGCUUUUGUGCAAAUUUUUGGUGUGUGUUGCUCAGGGUUGCAGAGCUGACUGGUUACGAGCCUCAGGAUCUGAUAGAGAAGACACUCUAUCACCAUGUCCACAGCUGUGACUCCUUUCACCUCCGCUGUGCUCAUCACUUGUUGCUGGUUAAAGGUCAGGUCACCACUAAGUAUUACCGUUUCCUGGCCAAGCAGGGAGGCUGGGUCUGGGUCCAGAGUUAUGCAACCAUUGUGCACAACAGCCGCUCCUCCAGGCCUCACUGCAUCGUCAGCGUGAACUGUGUUCUGACGGAGACGGAAUACAAAGGACUACAACUGUCUCUGGAUCAGGCUGCAUCCAAAGCUUCCUCCACCUACAGCAGCAGUGCCGUGGCCAACAGCCUGGUGGACAGCUGCAGGACUCCUAAGAGCAAAGUCUCCCGUCAAAAGACCAAAGCCAGAUUAUCGCCAUACACGCAGUAUCCUAGCUUCCAUACAGAAAGGUCAGAGUCAGACCAGGACAGUCCUUGGGGCAGCAGUCCUCUCACCGACUCAUUAUCCCCCCAGCUGCAGGAGCAGAGUGAAGGCCCUGACGCCUCUUGCGUGUACAGACAGUUCUCAGACCCUCGUACGGUUUGCUACAGCCCCUCUGAGGAGCAGCACCAUCCCCAACUCCACAUGCACGGUCAAGGUCAACGCUGUGAACGUGGCCGAUGCGAAGCGGGGAGAUACUUCCUCGGAGCACCUCCACCCAUCAACAAUGUCCUGUGGAACUCCACCAGGUCCAUUUUGCCGCUGAGCAAGAGCUCCUUGGAAAACCAUGAAGGAUAUGAGAGUAUGCCGCACAUCGCAGCCAUCCACAGCUACAAUGGACACGGCCAGUGGGAGGAGGACAGUGUGGUCAGCUCUCCAGAUGCAGGCUCAGCCAGUGAUUCAGGGGACCGGUACCGAGUUGACCACUACCACUGCAGCCCACACCAACCAACCAAGAUCGAGACUAUGAACCAGGCCACACAGCAGAUGAUCAAGGAAGAGGAGACUCGACUCCACCUGCGAAAAUGUCCGACUGAUUCGCCACUUGGCCCGGCCAAUGGACUGCCUAAGGGCGCUGGGUCAUGUUUCACCCCUGGGUACUCUCAAGGACCCCUGCCAAUACAGUCUGUGGUAUGUCGGGGGCUUAAUCAGGUGAUCAGCCCUGCAAAUAGCCCAGCCCCCUUGUCCAGGCUGAGCAGCCCAGGACCUGAGCGCCUUCACAAACCUAAAGACUACCUCCAGACGGACCUGCAACCGAUUUCUUUGCCAUUACACCACCCAUUUGGUCGGUCAGGCCCCUGCUCAGUUUCUCCCACCCUCAGCCCAGCCUUCUACCCCUCGCAGCCGCAUCCCCGGCCCUAUUUGGACAAGCACACAGCCUACUCUCUGACUGGCUACGCCCUGGAGCACCUCUAUGACCCUGACAGUCUUCGAGGUUAUUGCGCCUCCGCCAGCACCGGCCCCACCCACUAUGAUAUGACACCACAUCUCCGCAUACCCAUAGAGCAGACGGCUGGACACAAGGGCACCUCUGUCAUUAUCACCAAUAGCAGCUAACGAUGAGCUAACACCCGCAGCGUGACUAAGAACACAGUCUGAGCUGGUUAUCUCCAUUACAGCAUUAAAGCCUUUGCAUUCUGGAUCCUGUUAGCUUGUUUUUCCAUCAAACCGCUCAAUUCUAAUCUUGUUUGUUACCUUAUUACAAAUUUCCCCUCAGAAUCUGCUACAGUAAAUAUCCAUUACUGUGUCUUUUUACGAAAUUGGUAAUACAUACACGCAUACAUUCAUUCAUACUAAAACAUUUUGAGUCUGAAAUUUUGAAAGACGCCCAGGAAAGACCUAUCUAAACAGCUGUUUGACAAACAAAGUCGGAGUUCGAUAGAUUAAAAAAAAGGAGACGUAUCGCUGUUUUGAUUGAACGACACAUGAGCGGCUUCUUCUGCUCUUAUUGAUACACAAAAAAUAUAUAGUGUAUUUUGGCCCUUGGUUGAAUAACUGCUACCAACUUUCCCAACAUUCAACACUAAAACGAUUGUAUAUGAACGUUGUAUGAAGUCUUCCUAGCAAAACAUCUGACUGUUUUUUUUUCUUUUUUUUUCAGUACCAUUUUUUUCUUUUUUCUCUUUGGAUGUCUGCUAAAGUCAGUAAUCAGUUCAAUGCCACUCAAAUUUAAAAGUCUCAACAAGUUCUGUAGAACCUGAAAUAUGUGACUUUCAGGUGCUUCAGUACUUUUGUCUUGUUUUGUCGACUCCAGGCCUAAAGUCCCGUUCAAUCGGUUCCAUAAGUCAAUUAUACAAGUGGAAAAAUAUCUGCUGACGU